AUGCUUUUGUCCAUUGUUCUACUUCAAUCAAUAAUUCUCGCUGUUUCAACAACAAAUGAACUAGUCGAAACGAGGAAAACUGGUCAUAUUGUGUUGAUCACGAGUCCCUUCUUCGGUCACAUCGUUCCAAUUCUUGAUUUUGCUCGACGUUUAUCUGCAUAUCAUCAUGUUACUUACAUUGUUUCAGCUUCAAAACUUCCUUUGCUGAAACAACGUGGAUUGAUUGACGAUAACAGUGAUUCGAGCGAAUCCAAGCUAGAUAUCAUCGGUUUAUAUGAUGGCAACGAUCAUGACUAUGAAAGCGCCGAUAAGAGCAUAAUUAGACAAAUCCAACCAAUCGUCGAGAAAAUGCAUCUGCCGCUCAUUGAACUCCUCUUUUCUACGUCUCUUACGUCAUCGCGUCCAGUGGCAACUCGGCCGAUUCGUCGUCCAAUUGACGUUAUAGUUUCUGAUAUGUUCAUUACUGAUUUAUUUGUUUUACCACCUGUUUCCGAAGCUCUUCAAAAAGGUCUUAUUGCUUACUUUUUUCUACCAAACAGCUUGGUAGCUUUUGUGGACCUUGUCAACACUUUCAUUAAAAAGGUUAAAAGUGAGGAAGUAGGCUCAAAUUAUGAACAUCUGAUGUAUCAGACAAUUGCCCCUAUUAAAGGAAUCAUUUGUAAUUCAAUUCUCGAAUUUGAUAAAGAAGUUCUACGAACGCUACGCCAACGGUCACUACCUGGCUCAAAUACGUCCAUUCUAUUUGUUGCACCGAUCAUCUCAGAGGUUACCCAACGGACACGACAGAGUGCUCUUCUAACUCGUGUGAAACAAUGGUUAGAUAAACAAUGGGAGGUAGCAAAUCAUUCAUCGUCAGUGAUCUAUGUCUCCUUUGGUUCAUGGUCAUUUCUUCAACCUAUUCAAAUCAUCGAGAUAGCUCGUGCUCUUAAACCUUACGCUUUUAUUUGGUCGCUGAAAACAAAGUUACAAUCUCAUCUUUCAACUUUAUUCAAUGAUGAUGGACGACAUUUGUUUCUCGAUUGGAUUCCUCAGCGAUUCGUCCUCACACAUCCAGCUGUCCGUUUGUUUGUGUCGCACGGUGGUUGGAAUAGUUUACUCGAAAGUAUGAUAAUCGGAAUGCCUACACUUGUUUGGCCCCUAUUUGGAGAUCAAAUGCUCAACGGAUAUCGUCUGGAACACGAGCUUGGAAUGGGGCGUUGGAUAGAAAAUUCCCAUAAAAGAUUCAUAUCGAGCGAUGAACUUGGUCGAUAUUUGAAAGAUAUGUUUUAUCAACAGAAAGAAUACAUUCGAAGAGCUCAACAAGUGAAAAAAAUGUUUGCCGAAGCGAGUAGGAACAGUUCACGAUACUAUUUUGAAGAACUCGUGCAUAUUGUUGAUAAGAAAAUUAUUAGUGUCCCGAACAAACACACAGAACUAUAA